AUGUGUUCUAUGCCUUUGCUUGGUAUUCUCCCUACGCAAUAUGAUGAUACAUGUAGUGGCUCGUCGCUAACAUCACCUAUGAAUAGGGUCAAGGAAGACGGCGAGGUAUAUCUCAGCGAUGAAUGGGCCGACUCCCAAAUGCCCGUUGACGGAACCGAGGGCUGUCUGCGUGCCUUUACCCAGCUGAAGCGCCAGUAUCCGCAGAUGAAAGUCAUCUUAUCUGUAGGAGGCGGUGGGAAAGGAAGCGAGAACUUUGCCAAGGUGGCACGGAGUCCACCGGCCGUUGAAAUCUUCAUUCGCAGCGCGAGGGCAUUAGUCGAUCAAUUUGAGUUGGAUGGAAUCGAUGUCGACUGGGAGCACCCUUCCGAUACUCAGCAGGGCCUAGAUUAUAUCUACUUGCUGGCUCAGCUCAGAACAGUACUGCCAGCACCACAGUACGUCUUGACAAGCGCACUGCCCGCCGGCGAAUGGGCGUUGAAACACAUCAACCUGGCUGUUGCCCAGCAAUACGUGGAUGUAUUUAUGGUCAUGUGCUAUGACUUUUCCGGGCCGUGGGUUGAUCGAACCGGUCACCAAGCACAGCUUUACACGCCAACCAAACCGCACAAUGAUGCCGCGUCUACCUCCUGCCAGUCAGCAGUGCUGUACUUUAUGAGCCAAGGUGUGCAUGCCAAAAAGCUCCUCCUCGGUGUUCCAGCAUACGGCCGGUCAUUCGUCGGUGCCGAACACGUUGAUCAGCCGUACUCAGCUUCUGGUGGUGAGGACGGGGUAUUCGACUACAGCGAGCUGCCUCGACCGGGUGCCAAGGAGGUUGUCGAUGACACGGUAGGUGCAGCAUACUGCGUCAGUUCUGAUGACGGGUUUGUGUCUUAUGACAAUACGCGAACGGUUGAGCAAAAGGCCAAAUUUGUUACCAGUCUAGGACUAGGCGGUCUUUUCUACUGGCAUAUUGCAGGCGACAAGCGAGGGGCCGAUAGUCUACUCGAAACAGGAUACAACACACUGCACGAGCUAUAAGCACGUGAAUGACUUACGAAUACCCUCUCCCUACUUUACUGAUCAUGGAAGGAUUCUACAUUCCUAGUAUUAUUACUACUUGAUUGUUGUGUGUUUUGCAUUCGACAAGCAUCGGAACCGGCAGGUGGUUUUUUUUUUCUUCCCAUUCUCUGCGUUUCAUUCUAUAUCAUGAUGGGAACUGCGAGCUUGUUGAUACUGCCCUAUGGCGGAUGGCUUAAGGGUAUAAUUCUGGUAGGAUUCGUCAAUUGGUGCAACCCAAAAAAAAGGAAAAUUUGGGGGUUUAAAUAAAAAGCAUGGGCGGUUGUCUGAUUGAUUUUGAAGUCCGUUUUAACUGCGGCUGUUUAUUUUUAUUCGGUACCAUACAGUAAAUAUAUACCAUUGAAACAUUACA